AUGGAGGCUGAAGCUAAGUAUCGCUUUGCUGCGUCUCAAGAAGACGAACUGUCCUUUGAAAAGAGCACCAUCGUGAAUGUGAGAACAGUUUUAGAGUCAUUUAGCUACAAUGAAUUCUGUUUUGCACGCUCAUCAAGUAUCGCGAUCGUAGGUCAGGUUGUUAAACUCAGCUCCAUUCAUUUUAUUUUCAGGUGUUAGAUAUGGAUUCUGACAAGAACUGGUACAAAGCAGAACAAGGCAAUCGAGAAGGAUGGAUACCAAAUACAUAUAUUACCAUGAGGGCGCACAAGUAAGUAUAAGAACAAGCUGCCAUUUUUCGUUUCUUCGUAAGCUUUUGGUUUCUCUCUCUACUUAAUCAAGUGACUUUAUCUUGUAAUAGAAAAUUUAAGUGUACAAAAUUUCCAUUCAUCCAACAAGAGUAGAAAACUGAGAAUUCAGCGAGAUUUUCUAAACACGAUUCUUCACAGUUCAGUUUCCGUUUUAUUGAUAAAAAUCGACAGUUCUUCCGUGUUUGUCAUAAAUGCUUGAGUCAUGAAAUAUGUCCACAUGCAACUCAACAUUCGGGUCUUGCUCCAUUCUCUGUGAGAGCACUGCUUCUAUCCCUGAGAGGAUACUAGUCAAUCUAAGAGUUACCAUAGCUUUGUUAUUUGUGUCGAUCACUGCCCAAGUUGUGACAAAGGACCCCCCCGGGGUAUUUUUUGGGUGGGUAUGUGCCGCCCGGGACUCCAAAUUGGCACCCCGUUCUAUAAAAAAUUUCCCCUUAACUUGAUACCCCGUUCUAGAAAUGGGCCAAUGUUUUAUACUCCGUUCUAGGUUGCAACAAGAGUACAACAGUGUGCUUGUUAACGCAUUGAACCGUAUUUUUAAAAGCAAUCUGUCCUUGAAUAAUUUCAAAUGGCUGCUUACAAAACUGGAGCUUUCGCACGUUCGAAAUAUUAUACUCCGUUCUAGAAAACGCCUCUGAAAUGAGGUAAUGUAUGGGAGUAUCCCCCCCCGGCAAAGGACACUGUGGAGUAUUACAUGUAUAUGAGGUAAUAUUCGUAUGUUAAGGGCAUUCACUGCAAAGAUUGGCCUUGAUGCACUGUCAGCUCUAUGCAAGGUCAGAAGGCUAACUACAAGGCUACUGUGUCUCCAUUAGGCAUACAGUUUGCGAUAGCAUGGUCAUGCAUGACUGUUAUCAUUGGCCAACGGCUGAUCUGUCAAGUGGGAGGGCGCUGGCUCAAACCCCAGCCAGACCACUAAACAAUUGGGGUCUUUGCUGCGCUUUUCAUAAACACGCGAAUUCUGAAGUUCAAAAGCUAGCCAAGUACUGACUUUUGUGCUUUUCGCUGCUGUCAAUUAUCUAAGCGGACCCAGAAGUUUACUUCAAUGGGUUUAAAAGGCCAUCGUUUGUGAUUUGUGGAUUUCAAUCCAUUUUGCGUGUUUCUGUGUUUCAAGGUUUGUAGCUUGUGAUUGUAAUAAUAUUAUGAUUGAUGGCAGAGAAAAACGUGACUGGGAAGGUGGCUUUUGAACUAGAGUUCCAUGUUUUUGAAAAGCGCAGUAAAUGACUGAGGAGUAAGUGCUGCCUUUGUAAAGACAUCUGCAAACAGUUAGACUUUGAGAGAGAAACCGUAGGCCCCGUCUCACAACCCUUGCACAGUCAGAAAUUGGGAUGUUAAAGAACCCACACACUGGUUGUAAAGAGUAGGGGAUGUACUUCCUGGUGUGGUGUGGUCUAUAUCUCAUGGGGUGAGUGACUGUUAUAUUGGGGCCACAGUAUGUGUCGCCUGGCAGUGUCCCUGCCAAGAAUUGGCCAACCUAAGUACAGUGUAGAUAAAUAAAACAAAUAAUAUUCAUUGAUUGAUUCUCAGUUGGUUCCAUGGCAAAAUAACUAGAAGACAAGCUGAAGAAGCCCUUUUACAGCUUCAGUUUGAAGGGGCAUUUCUUAUCCGAGAGAGUGAAAGUUCUCCAGGUACAUUAAUUAUACCAUUUUAUCAGAUUAAUUGGAAAAGCUCAAUCAAACGUCAAAAUUUUCAUGUACUGAAAUUAAUAGCUAUUUGGGUUGACUCAAAUGAUAUAAGUUUGACGGUUGAUUCAGAAGUUGAAGUCAAUUAGAUGGACUCAACUCAUUCAUGAACUGCAAUGGUCUACAAUGUUUAAGGAGAAAAUAAAUUUACAGUAAGUUUGACGUUUGAAACAAAGUCGCUCCUUGCUCAAAAUUCUCAUGUGGACUACUCAGACUUAACCCUUUAAGUCCCAAUAGUGACCAACAUCAAUUUUCCCCUAACAAUAUCCAUACAAUUUCAAGAGAUUAGGUUAUGAGAGUUAAUAAAAUGAUCGCCUGAGAGAAAAUGCUUUGAUCUUUUAUCAAAUUCUCUCAACUCAUUCUUUAAGAAAUGUAUAGAGAACAGUUUGGAGAAUUUGUAUAUUGGGGCUUAAAGAGAUAAUUCGUGGGUCGACUCCAAAUUAGAUAUGUUGGACUUAAUAUUGACUCAAACAUUGAUCUUUUCAUGUAGUUAGUUGAAGGAAAUAGGUUUGGUUCAUGAAAAGAUCCUUGUUUGAACUGGGCCUAAUAUUCAAGACAUGUGUCACUCAAUCUAGUUAAGUUAAAAUAAAUCCUUCAGUGUGAAUCUUGGCUACCCAAUUAGGCAUGGAAGACACAUAUAUAUAAGAGAAAAAAUGUUUUUAUGAAAGCAUUAGAAAAAAAUGAAAGACUAUAUUUCAUUAAGAAAAUGAAAAAGUAAAAAGGCCAAAAUUGGUGACUAUGACUUUAUUUAUUUUGGAAAAAUACUCUUUUUUGAAUCAAGUUUGCUAAUCCAUUUAAGAAAGUGGGAUGUUGGCCCUCAUUCAUUUUUUUGUGUGGGUGUAAUGGACAGCAACUUCCUUCAAUAACAAAAUUAUGCAAAUAAAAUUAACUUGGCCAGCAUCCAAAAAAACUGACCUUUCCAAGGUAAACAGAAGAUACUGUAUACUUAAUUAUUGUUGUAAUAGUUAUUCUUAUUUGUGUUAAAGCUAUUCUUAUAAAAUUUUAAGGAAAGAGUUUGCUAUACAUUAUUUACUCCUUUUCACCCUUUAAAGAUCUCCAACUUAUUCAAACAUUUAAGGGGCAUUAAUGUGCCUAAAGUGUUUGAAUAAGUUGGAGAUGUAUAAAGGGAGAAAGGGUGUAAAUGAGGUAUAGCAAACUCUUUCCUUAAAAAUUAUCUAAAAAGACAUAAGAAUUAUUAUCUUGUUUCUUUUAUCAUAUUAAUUGUUAGUCUAUAAGGCAGCGCAAGGCCAGUUUUAAUGAAUUAUUUGGUUGUUCCCUGACUUUUUUUUUAUCUUGCUCUCACUUUCAGGAGACUUUUCCCUUUCAGUCAGGUAAGUACAGGUAUUAUUUUGUACACUAAAUUAAAUUUAUGUGUAAAUAAUUAAGACUGUGCUGCAGGUACACUGAGUACAUAAAACUGUAAAAUGACUAAUCAGUGCAUGUAUCUACCUCAUUUCAAAUAAUGUUAAGUUUGCACCCAUGAGCAAACAAACUGCCUAAUAAUACAGAACGGUACAGAUCCAAACUUCCUUAUUACAUAGAUGUCUAUUAUAGAGGUAGGGGUUGUAGGAAGUUGUGCAUCUUUGGGACCAGGUCAAUUGUCUGUAAGAGAGAGGUGUCAGUUAAAGAUUCCUCACACACCCAGACACCCUAAUGUCACAUCACCAUCCAACCUGCUCUUACUCUGUGAGUGGAGGCCCUUCCGUGAGUCUUAUCUAAGAAGAUCGAAGGGCUUCUGCUUGCAGGGUUUCUUCCUCUAAAAAACAACAAAUUAAAACAACGACGGCUCUUAUUUACUACCCUGAUAACUUUUAUAGGAGUGGCGACAAGGUGCAACACUUUAAGAUCUUCAAAGAUGAGGAGAAAAAGUACUACUUGUGGAUCAGAAAGUUUCCGUCUUUGAACCAGCUGGUGGAGUAUCACAAAACAAACUCUGUCAGUAAAACACAGCACAUACUUCUGAAUGAAGUGGAGUUUAGAGUAAGUGUUGAGUUCAAUUCUUCUCAUGUAUCGAAAUUGACUUCUUAGAGUUAGUAACCUUGACUUGUCCCCCAGAAUAAUUAUAAGAGAAGGUCCAAAAAAAAAGUUUUUUCGGCUGACAAUACUUGAACCUAAAAAUGACCUGUGUACAUGCAUUCAUUGGCAGUCCUACCAUUUGUUUUAUGUUUAUACUUCAAUCUCUGAUGUUCUUAGGGUUGUAUCUCAUAAUUUUGGCAUAAGCUAGGUCACAUGACCCUGAGCCACAAUUACACUGUAAAAACAUUGGUUUCAAUUGCAAUAGCCAUUUACAUGUACAGGAAUGCUUAUGUAAACCUUUUCUUUCAAAAAUUACAAAGGAUGAAAUGGUGCAGGCAUUGUUUUCCUUCACUGCUCAAGAUGAUGACGAGGUGAGCUUCAAUGCUGGAGACUGGAUCACAGUGCUGGAUAAAACAAAUGAGGACUGGUGGAAGGGGCAAGUUCAUGGCUGUGUUGGAAUCUUUCCUAGAAACUACGUGUCCUCUCCGACACUUAACAAGACUUAAAGAAAGAAUAAAAUGUGAUGUAUAAAUUUAUUAUAAUAAUUUAUAAACACCAAAGAAAUACCAGUUGAGCAAAACAUGAUAUCUUCACAUGUGAAAAUAACAUGUUAUCUGUAUGCAUGAAAAGAUUGUUGUUACCAUGGUUACAUAAUAAGUCCCAUCUUAGACAGAAAACAAUGUAGGGUUAAAUAAGUACAUGCAGUUUGGUAUUUUAUUGGUGUUUUAUAUAAUAAAUAAAUUAAUAGAAUGUUACAUGGUUGCUUGGGGAUAGGAAAAUUCUCUCCAAGUUUUGAAAACACUGUUCAACACUCGGGGGAAAAUGUGGUAUCCCUACAUGUCCAUGUAAUAUCUUCUAUGUAUGAUAUUCCAUACAUGCACAUAAUUUUAACAAAUAAUUUUGUUUAUAGCUGUACAUGUAACUGUGCACCCACAAGUGUUUACAGUGUAGUGAGUUCCUGUUGUUGAAUGGAUUUUCCAUGCACUAGAUAUACAGAUAUACACUAGAUACAUUGUAUGUACUGUGUACAUCUGCAUUUUACAGCUGACAGGCUGUACAUGUAGUAUGCCUGUUCACAGUGUAAUGCGUUCCUGUUGUUGAAUGGAUUUUUCAUGCAUUAGAUGUAUAUUUAGGUACAGUGUGCUACGUAAAAGAUGUAAUCUUUAUGGCAGUACAGGGUCCUGGAGAGGUGACUUUCCUCUGAAGAUAUUAGGGGGAGGAGGUGGAGGUGUUUGUCAGAAAUAUUUGAAGACAUCUCUA